UCGACAAUUGAAUGUAUUCUUUACAUUUCUAAAGUAUAGUUUGAUUAUUAAAUAUUAAAUUUGUUAAAGUGCGUACGUGAACCAAAGAAAAAUGCCAGAAGAAGUGUUUGAUCAAAUUAUUACAAAAGAACAAUGUUUGAAAUUAGUUGAAAAAGUACUAAAAACAAAUCAGUUUCAAUUGAUAAAUUAUUCAUUGAAACCAUUAGGAGGUGAGAAAAAAGGAUAUUUAGCAACACAUUUAAAAGGAGCAUUCGAAAUAAAAUGUAGAGAAAAGACACAAACUUUAAAUUUUUUCAUGAAAUUAAAAUUGGAUGAAAACGAUGCUGUUGGGAAAUUAAGUAAUGAUGAAAAUGAUGUGUACAUACGUGAAUCAACAUUUUUAAAAUUAGCGACGAAUGAUUUCCAAGUGAUGUGGGCACCCAAAUUCUAUGAUUAUAUUGAUAAUAAACUGAUUGUUUUAGAAGACUUAUCAGAGCGUGGAUUUAAAGUUGCUGAUUUGGAAGAGUAUGAUUUGAAUCAUUGUUAUGUGGGUUUAAAAGCUUUAGCCAGUUUUCAUGCAUUUAGUUUUAAAUUUUUACAUGAUAAACGUUUGAAAAACAGUGACUAUUCAAUUUUAAAAGAAUAUCCGUACUUUUUUAUGGAAAAUUUAUUUUCAAAUGAGACGGAAUUAGGUCGAAAGUUCGUAAAAUCAACAAAAGAUAGUAUGAAUUAUAUAAUUGAGCAAAUGCAACCAAAAAAUAUUGGACAAGUACAAGUGAAAUUCAAUGAAAUAUUUGAUCGUAUGCCAGAUGAAAUAAAACCAAAGGAAAAUAAAUACCAUGUGAUUUCGCAUGGUGAUUUGUGGGCUAAUAAUAUUAUGUUUUCAUAUGAAAAUAAUGUUCCAAAACAAUGUUGUAUGGUUGAUUAUCAAAUACUACGUUAUCUUCCACCUACUGUUGAUCUACAAUUUUUUUUAAUUGUAAACUCUCCACCAAGUUUACGAGCAAAACAUUUUCGUGAAUUAUUAGAACAUUAUUAUCAACAAUUAUCACAAGAGUUAAAUGUGUUUGGUUUAGAUUCAAAUAAUAUUUAUCCAGAGGAAAUUUUUGAAAAACAAUGUGCCGAUACAAUGGGAUUAGCUUUGACUCUUGCAUGCUCGUAUAAAUCAUUUUUAUUAAUGCCACGACAAAAAAUGACUACAUACCUUUCGGAUCCUGCUCACAGUGAGGAAGUUAUGUAUGGUGCUCGUACGAAAUAUAUUAAAGAAGAAUUGGAGAUUAAUCACGUUUACAAAGAAAAAAUAUUUAAAGAAAUUCAAGAAUUUAUUGAUUUAGAUGGUGACUCAGAAGAGGGUGAGAAAAAAGGAUAUUUAUCAACACAUUUAAAAGGAGCAUUCGACAUAAAAUGUAGGCAAAAGACACAAACUUUAAAUUUUUUCAUGAAAUUAAAAUUGGAUGAAAAUGAUGCUGUUGGGAAAUUAAGUAAUGAUGAAAAUGAUAUAUACGUACGUGAAUCAGCAUUUUUAAAAUUGGCGACGAACGAUUUCCAAGUGAUGUGGGCACCAAAAUUCUAUGAUUUUAUUGAUAAUAAAUUGAUUGUGUUAGAAGAUUUAUCAGAGCGUGGAUUUAAAGUUGCUGAUUUGGAAGAGUAUGAUUUGAAUCAUUGUUAUGUGGGGUUAAAAGCUUUAGCCAGUUUUCAUGCAUUUAGUUUUAAAUUGUUACAUGAUAAACUAAAAUGGCGUGCCAUAGAAAACAGUGACUAUUCAAUUUUAAAAGAAUAUCCGUUCUUUUUUAUGGAAAUUUUAUUUUCAAAUGAGAUGGAAUUAGGUCGAAAGUUCUUAAAAUCAACAAAAGAUAGUAUAAAUUGUAUAUUUGAGCAAAUGCAACCAAAAAAUGUUGAUCAAAUACAAGAGAAAUUCAAUGAAAUAUUUGAUCGUAUGCCAGAUGAAAUAAAACCAAAGGAAAAUAAAUAUCAUGUGAUUUCGCAUGGUGAUUUGUGGGCUAAUAAUAUUAUGUUUUCCUAUGAAAAUAAUGUUCCAAAGCAAUGUUGUAUGGUUGAUUUUCAAAUACUGCGGUAUCUUCCACCUACUGUUGAUCUACAAUUUUUUUUAAUUGUAAACUUUUCACCAAGUUUACGAGCAAAACAUUAUCGUGAAUUAUUAGAAUAUUAUUAUCAACAAUUAUCACAAGAGUUAAAUGUGUUUGGUUUGGAUUCCAAUAAUAUUUAUCCAGAGGAAAUUUUCGAAAAACAAUAUGCGGAUACAAUGGUAUUAACUAUGACUCUUGCAUGCUUGUAUAAAGUAUUUUUAUUAAUGCCACGAAUGAGUACGUACCUCUCAGAUCCUGGUCACAGUCAGGAAGUUAUGUAUGGUAAUCGUGCGAAAUAUAUUAAAAAAGAAUUGGAAAUUAAUCACAAUAUUUGA